AUGGCAACUGAGCACAGUCAUGGACACGCUCGUGUCCCUAAUACUCUUGAGUGGCUAGCCAAGACCAAGAGGGGCGAUUACCUUGUUCAAGUAGCAUGGCCUCUGUGCUGGGGUGAGGAUCGCGUUGCUGCCCAAGAUGAAAAGGUCAACCUGGUCACAAGAACUGUCAUCGUAGGCAUCGGGUACCCGCCCAGUAAAUACGUCUAUGACUUCCGUCGGGGUCCAGAUCUCACCCCAUUCGCCGACGAGUAUGAUAUGCCACUCGAUAGACAUGGCAAGCCUCGUACCGAUAUCUCAUUCGGCGAGGCCGAGCAAUUUCUCGAUUGGAUGAAGACCGAUGUCAUGCCAUAUGUUGAGAAUGAGCUCUUCCCCAAGGCCAAUUUACACACCGGUCGCAAGGCCUUGUUCGGCCACUCUUACGGAGGCAUCUUCGCUCUCAACACCAUGUUCACUGAACCAGAGCUCUUCAACAGUUUCUUGAUCGCCAGUCCCGUCAUCUGGUGGAACAAGGACUUCCUGAUCCGCAAACCUGAAAAGACUUUCCUCGCUCGCGACAAGCCUGUUGACCCUCCGUUUUCACUGGCGCUUACAUGGGGCACUGGCAAGUCGGAACUGGAGAGGGAACCUCAAGAGACUGACGAGGAGUGGUGGAAGCGACAGAACUGCGCUGAGCACGACGAAAUGAGGGAGGCUGCACAAACAUUAGCAUCGCGAUUGGAGAAGAGCCCGAGCGUGAAGAAGAUCUGGACGCGCGAGUUCGCGGGUGAGGAUCAUGGAAGUGUGGCGGUGACAGGUCUUCAGCAGAGUCUUAUGCAGUUCAUCCUCGCGCAAAUUUAA